UCAGGCAGUGAAUAUUUCCAUUGAACCAGUUACUUUGGAACAACAAAACAAUACCUGCAUAUAUAGAAUUGAUAGAAACAAAGGAUACAAUGGCCAAUAAUCAUAAAUUGCCCAGUCAGAAUUCAGAUUUAACUGUAAAAGUUAGAAAAUCUUCAGAAAAACUAUCCGAAAACAUUCACAUUGUGGCAAAUGAUCCAUCGCUGGCAUUCUACAGAAUCCAGGAACAUGUCAGAAAAGUACUACAGCCCAUCCUUGACAAACGCAUCGAAGUUAUUGAGCUGCAAAAGGAUUUACAAGGCCACUGUUUCGAUAUGGAAUAUGCCGUCCGUUCGAUGAAAGACAUUGAGGCGUCGGGUGCAGUAUUUGCCAAUAUUCAGGAUAUGGUGAAAAAUUCAAUUUUCCUGAAGCAACAAUUAAAAUAUGAAGAAAUCAAAGGUAAGGCAGAAAAGGACAAUUCCAAGUCAUCGGUAUACAAGAGAUUUUCGGCCCAUCUAACAUUGGAUUUGCCCGACUUCACCGAACUCACUGGCGUAAUGCGAGAAACCAGCCAUCGCAUGGAAUCCAUAAUGGCUUCUGGGGGUAGAGAGACAAGUGCCCAACAAAAUCUUCAAGUCAACAGUAUUGGCGAACUCCAGAGAUCUCACACUACAUUGCAUUAGUUACGAUUGACAUAGUAAAAUAAGUUCUAUGGCCUAAUUGCCAAAUAGUAACAAUCCUAAUUUUAUUUUUAAUUAUACUGUAAGGACUACGAUUGGAUAACAUAUUUCUAAUGAUAUUUAGGAUACAUCCUGUCUUAAAAAUACCAAAUAUUUACAAAAAUACAUAAUGAAAAUAAAAAUGG